GCUCUGAAUACUGAGGUGCCCCGAUUGCUUGCGCCUGUGCCUUUCACGCGGUGCGAUAGCAUCAUAUCCGUGUCUCCCCCGUACCUGGAUCACUCUUUAACUGCAAGAAUGUCAUUUUCACACAGUGGUCUAUACCUAUUCACUGAGAUAUUUCCCUUUUUAGCAGUGACUCAGUGAGACCCUACGUUUCACCCCACCAUCCAUGCACUGUCGGCAGGUGCCAAGCAUUGGAUCUAUGCCGACUGUCGAUAACUGCGCGGGUCGCACCUAAAUAAGUCCUUACUCUUUACACCUCACACCUCAAGCCUUUCGCCAUUAUAUAACACAGAACCCAGUCGUUCUUUUUUUUUUCUAAUCCCUCCUCUCACAUCUACCUUGCCUCUUUUCUUCUUUCCCUCACAACCCUUGACCCUCCCACCACCGACUUCGCACGCCUUAGUCCGAAGUCACCCAUCAUGUCUUUCUUCAAGAAGAUCGCCAAGGAGUUCGAGAACCUUGGUAUUGGCGACAAGGACGAGAAGAAGCAGGAGCCUCAGCAAGGUUAUCCCCAGGCCCAGGAUAACAACCGAGCCUACGGCGACGGCGGCCAACAGUACGGCGCUCCUCCUCCUCAGCAAUACAGCUCUCCUCCUCCUCAACAAUACGGAGCUCCUCCCCCCCAGCAGUACGGUGCUCCCCCCCAGCAGUACGGUUCACCUGCUCCUCAGCAGCAGUACGGCGCUCCUCCCCCUCAACCCGCCUAUCAGCCCCCGUCCGACCGCCCUCCUCUGCCCCAAGGUUGGACUGCUCAGUUCGACCAGAACCAGCAGCGAUGGUACUAUGUUGAGACAGCCACUGGUCGCACCCAGUGGGAGGCUCCUGGUCAGGCUCCUCCCCCUCCUCCCCCGAACUCUCGUCCUCCGUAUGAGUCUCAACCCUCUGACGGAUCUCGCGGCUACCCUGGUGCUCCUGGCGGAUAUGGUUCUCCUGCCCCUGGAGGUUACGGCGGUGCUCCUGGCUAUGGCGGCUACGCUUCUCCUCCCCCUGGCCAGGGUGGUUACGGAUCUCCUGCUCCAGGCUAUGGUGCCCCCUCUCCUUAUGGCGCUCCUUCGCCCUACGGCGCACCCUCUCCUUACGGAGCUCCCGGUCAAUACGGAGCUCCCGCUGAUGGCGAUCGCGGCAACAACCCCUACGGCCAAGGCGAGAAGAAGAAGAGUGGCAGCUCUGGAAUGCUCCUCGGUGCCGCAGGCGGUCUCGCCCUUGGUGCUGUUGGUGGCGCUUUGAUCGCAAACGAACUUAACGACAGUGACAGUGAUCACGAGCACUCUGCCGCCGCCGCCGCUGCUGCUCCUCCAGCCGCUGCCCCCCAGGUUGUCAACAACUACUACGGCGCUCCUCCCGAGGAUCCCUAUGCUGCUGACCCUUACGCGCAGGAAGGCCCUCCUGGUGUCCUUCCUCCUACCGAUGCUGACGGCAACUCUGUCUCAUCCAGUGACCGAGAAGAUGUUCAAGAGGCUCGUGAAGAGUACGAAGAGGCUCUGGCUGCAGCUAAUGACUCGGAUGCCAGCAGUAGUGAUCAUGAGAGACUCGAGGAGGCUCGUGAGGAGUACGAAGAGGCCUAUGAGGAGGUGUAUGAGGAUGACUAAAUGGUGCAAAACGAGCUAUGAAUAACGAUAUGAUUACGUCUCAUUGUAACAGCAUUGCUUUGGAGCCAUAAGGGCAAGGAAGAAGAUUGUUGAAUUUGUCACACUUGUUAAUACCUUAGUACACAGUACAAUACCAGAGCACAUUUCGUACUGCCUGAUAUGCAGCAC